CAUCAGCAUUACAAAUCUACUUUAGAAGUCUUUCGCUUGGAACCCACAAAAUAUAAUAAAAGUCUUGAUGAAUUGAUAACCUUCUUGGCUCAGGUUAGCAUACUUAAGUUAUAGAAACGAUAAAAAUACAUGCCAAUAAUUGCCUAAAAUUAGAUAGCAAUUAUUGCAAGGACUGUAAUAAUUUGUUCAAGUUCUCAUCUGUUUCUCUCAGACGAGUGUGACACAGUAUAAGUGAGAGAAACUAAAAAUUAAUGACAUUUUAAUAUUAUUUUUCAAGUAAUUUUAAGCUGUUACAAUGGAAAAGUAUUUGAAAAAGAUAAAGAACAAUAUUAUAUGCCGAGAGAGAGUCAUAGCACGGCUGUAUUCUUUAAUCGGUGCAGCAGAUGAACCAAUGCCACAGAGCAUAUUUGUGUAUGGUCAUAUGGCUACUGGGAAGUCGUUAGUUAUACAAAGUCUACUUAAGUAUUUGAAUUAUAAUGUCAGCUAUAUUAACUGUAUGGAGCAUUUAGGUAGUAAACAUAUGUAUAAUUAUAUUCUGAAUGAUCUAACUGCAUCUAUAAAAGAAUCGAGUAGCAGUGCAUUGUUAAAACACAACUGCGAUAAUAUCAUGGAUUUUGUACUUUUGCUUAAAAAGAUUUUUCAUUGUGACAACCGUCCAAUUGUACUAGUGUUCGACAAAUGCCAUAGGAUAAGACAUUUCGAUGUAACUUUUCUGCCAGCGGUCUUAAGACUCAAGGAAUUGUCCGGUAUCAAUAUAUGUACAAUUUUUAUAAGCGAAAUCACGUGGGAUAAAUUUAACACUAAAAUAGGUGCAUUGAUGCCUGUAAAGAUUCACUUUUCACAAUAUACGAAGGACGAAAUGGCACAAUUAUUAUUACUGGACAAACCGGCGAAAUAUGAAGUGGAUUUUUAUAAGAAUUAUUUGAAUCUCUUUCUUUCUGUGUUUUAUCGAUUUUGCAGAGAUUUAAACGAGCUUCGACACAUGGCGAAAGUAAAUUUUGCCAAAUAUGUAGAACCCAUAGAAAGUAAGCGAAUUGAGCCAGAUAAUGUCGCAGCACUUUGGCGAAAUAUCUCUGGUGUUUUGAGAUCUAACUUGGAAGUAAUUUAUCUUAGAGUUUCUACGAACGACUUUUCGCAAUCAGAUCGUCAAAUAUCUCGGGAAAUUGAGUCGACGACAAAGUUAGCUUUGAGUUUCGAGUUACCGUUUUACACAAAGUAUUUGCUAAUCGCGGCGUAUUUAGCUUCGUACAUUCCUGCAAAAUAUGAUAAGCAUUUUUUUAUGAAGCAGAGUAGUAAGAGAAAGAAAAAAGGACGGUCGAUUAAAAAGACCAGAGAAUUAGAGUCGCAAAAGAAAUCACGAGUUUUCACUAUCUCGAGGAUGCUUGCGAUCUUUUGCGCUAUUCUUGGUGAGAAAGUAGACAUCAAUGCUAAUCUGCUCGCUCAAAUAUCUACUAUGUGUCAACUCGGUUUACUGACUGUCACUGGGGAGAAUAUCGUACAAUUGGAUGAACCAAAAUUUAAGUGCUGCGCGAGUCAAAAUUUUGUCACAGUCGUAGCUAAGACAGUUGGUUGUGACAUAAAGAAUUAUUUGAGUGUGAACUGAAUAUAUUUUAUAUACACGACUCAUAUCUAAUUUAACUUAUAAUUUUAUAUAUAUGCUUUUUUCUAAUAGCUGUGUCUAAUACUUUCAUUAUAUAAAGGCUUCUUAAGUAUUACAAACUCGUAUAUUUUUAUAUUUAAAGUAAUAUUUAUCUAAUUUGGCUUGUAUUAAGUAUGCUACAAUUUGUAAUGCAUGAAAUAAAUUUAAUAUGAGGAAUGUCA